AUGAGGCCUGAAGGGGAUAUGAUCACCCCAGAGCCCCACACUGUCCCUCCCACCACUAUGCCUACAACGGAUGGCAGUGCUGCUGCCACUGCUCUCACCACACCUCCUCCUGCCCCUUCUCCUGUCCCUCCUCUUCCUGCUCCUACGCCUUCUCCUCUUCCUGCUCCUAUUCCUAACCUUGCCUCUCCUCUUGCUGCUGCUCCUGCUGCUUCUUCUCCUGCUGCUUCGGCUGCAACUGAAACGGAUGGCCCUGCUACUGUCGCUCCUGGUGAUGGUGGUUGGAUGAGUCUCACACGCAGCACUGCUAUCUCGAGAGCAUUCGGUGUUGAUUCUGCUGCUUGUGGUGAUGGUGGUGGCUGUGCUGCAUGGGAGGAAGAGGAGGAGAGUGAGGCGGAGGGGAUUGAGGAGGAGGGGAUUGAGGAGGAGGGGAUUGAGGAGGAGGGGAUUGAGGAGGAGGGGAUUGAGGAGGAGGGGAUUGAGGAGGAGGGGAUUGAGGAGGAGGGGAUUGAGGAGGAGGGGAUUGAGGAGGAGGACGGGGGAACGGAAAGGAGGGUGGGUGGGGAGGGUGUGUUAGCGGGCUGGAGAGACGCUAAGGACGAGGUGAUGGCUGGAAUAUUCACCUGGGAAGACACAAGGAGCGAGGUGGCCAACGGGAUUUGGGAUGAGGAAUAG